ACUUUACCAGAAUAUUGUGACAUCGACCGAUGGGUGACUCAUCUAAAAAAGUAAAAGACAGUUUCGACACAAUAUCUGAACCAGACAGCUUUGAUGAGCCGAAAGGCGUACCGAUAUCAAUGGAACCGGUUUUUUCAACAGCGGCUGGUAUCCGAAUUGAUGUGAAGCAGGAAUCGAUUGAUAAAUCAAAGAAGAUGUUGAAUAGUGAUCUCAAGAGCAAAUCCUCGUCUAAAGGCGGAUUUUCUUCCCCUCUCGUGCGCAAAAACAAUGGGUCGAGCGCUUUCGUUUCACCGUUUCGAAGAGAAGGAACGAGCUCAACAACUACAAAACGGCCGGCUAGCGGCGGUUUCGAAGAUUUCGAAGCUCCACCAGCAAAAAAAUCAACCAGCAGUUCUUCUAAAAAAAGUAAAAAACAUUCGAAAAAAGAAAAGAAGAAGGAGUUUAAAGAAAUCCACGCCGAUGUUUUGCGUGUUUCUCGAAUCUACGAAAAGGAUAAAUUCCGAAUUAUUCUUCAAGAAUCCAGCUCAACUCCUCUAAUCCUGGCCACUUGUAGCUACAAUCGUGGCUCUGAUAUUAAAUUUGGCGACAGAAUUCAUGUCGACGCGGAAGUCUGUAAAAAAUCAAGCUCAGGCGAUGUUACAGAAAUCUAUAUUGAUAGAGUUCUGAAAAAUAAGGAAAAUGGUGCGAAAUCCGGUAUCCGACGCCAUUCAAUUGCCAAGAAGCCGUUUUGCAUCAAACCCAGAUUUAUCCACGAAUUGUCAGACACGAAAAUCAAAAAAACAGUUGUCCAAGUUAACUUACUCGAUUUAAAUUUGGAUUUUUAUGCAGGAUGUUCGAAAUGCAAACACUCUCUCCCAGAAGCAGCGAAUCAAUGCGAGUUUUGUAAGGAUUCCCAAGGAAAAUCUGAAUUGUCGAUGUAUUCUAGAGUGCGAGUUAUGGACUUCUCCGGUCAAAUGUUUAUCAAUGUGACUACAAAAAAUAUGAAGAAAUUACUCGAUUUGUUAGGAUAUGAAGGAUUUGACAAUUGGUUCCGAUUCAAAGACCCCCAGGAACGACAAAACUAUGUGUUCCGCCCUGUUAUGGUUGAAAUCGAAAAAUCGAAUGAUGAAUGGGAAUGCACUGACGUGGCAGAAGUCGACUGGAAAGAUUUUGGCUCUUACUUGAAACAUAAAGAAGACAAGAAGAAACGCCGUUCGAAAAAGAAGCAUCCAUAAUAUUCCAUUCAUGUGAAUAUUCAUUUAAUCAUGUUUCAUUUAUUUUAUCAUUUUUUUGUUGUGUUUAUUCGUUUUAACGUAGAUGGUUCAAAUGCUUUAAUUUAUUCUCAAAGAAUAUCCCCGUUCUAAUUUUAUAUGUUCCCCUUCUGUUGUUUCCAUGUUAAAGAAUUAUUAUGAAACGAUGAAAUCUUCAUCAGAAAUUCGAAAAUUU